AUGGAUCCCCCUAUGUCGGAUUGGUUCCGCUCCCUGCCUCAUGCGAUAGACAGCAUUGCAAACGCAGUCAAAGUUGGCAUUGUCACGUAACAAUCCCCGCACAAAAACUAAAGGUCCACUGAUAGUUCCAACAACAAUCUCUGGCAACUCUUGUACACCACUAUCGGAGGCAGUGUCUACAGCUAUCUGCCACUUGCGACCGCUUACGAAGCGAGCGCAGAGAACUGAGAGGGUACGUACGUUCUUUGUCCUCCAUUCCUCUCAUGUCAGGGUUCUGGUAGAGAAGUAGAGACAUUACGUCAUGACAUCACACAGCUAAGGCAACAUCCGGGGUCUGUCUCAAUGCACAGCCAAGAGCCUUCCACGCAUCAAAAUGCGAACGGGAAGCGCCCUUUGGUUGAGGCGGGACGUCAAACCCGGAGCGUCAGGACGAAUUCCAGCCCCAGAUCGGUCCCGACUCCAGUCGCCCCAUUACGAUUAACGCUUCUACCGGGUGAUACGCUACUUUUCUCGCAGCAGAGACCACGCCCAAUCGCCGAUCGACCUGGGAGUAGCCGCUUCGCGGAGCAGUACGCGUACCAAGAAACUUCCAAGUCCCACACUCUGCGAGGAACAUACGAUCAGGCUAAUCCGCAAACCGUUCGAAUGGCCGUGUCAGGUCCUCACAAUCCUAUGCCCCCUCCGCCGACGCCACAGGGAAAUCGCUUUAAGCCAGGAAGUGAGCCGCCACGACCGUCAGCGUCAACCACGCAAGAGUUGAACGGAUUGAAGCCUUCAAAGCAACGCAUUUCUGGGCCACCUGUCUCAAUGCAACCGCCUACCACACCGCGACGACCGUUCUCCAGAAUCUCGCAAACUCCAGUUACACUGACUGAGCGAACUGGUGCAUUGCAAUCGAACCGGUUCUUACCUGACGCUAACCAAGGCGUCGCAGCACUUGGACCCGCAUUGCAGACCACGUCUGCCCAGAUCUCGAGAAGUGAUAUCAGUACAAACAGUUCCUCGGGACAUCAGCGAAUGGCUUUUCUUCCUGGAAGUGUGAAUGGAUCCCGAUGAACCAAACACUCGACCCCCAUUCCUGAAUGGCAACUAAAAUGUUUUACUCGCCUGUCAACUUGCUACAGCAUGUUCUGUUUUCUGGAUGUCUGUAAUUAAGUAAAUGUUUAUUAUUUCAAUUGGGUGCCUGGGAGACCAGUGUGGCACUGCCCCGAC